AUCUUUAAUAUUGUCAAGGAAAGGAACAUAAACAAGCUUAGAAAACUAUGUAAUUCAUGUAAUUUCUUGUGUGGGAAAACAAGUGGUUAUAAAGAUUUCAUCCAUAAUUUCACUAACAUUAACUUGCCAAGAAAUGUCGAGAACAUCUUAUCUCUAGGUCCUAACUUCGGCCUACCAGUUUAUGACAGAAGAAACAUCUCAAUUCCGGUCAUAUUAAAAGAUUUGGAAAAUUGUGUACAGAGUCUAGAUUUAGUUGACGAAGAUAAGAAUCUACUUAGGGCUAAAAACAUCAAUAUAAUAACAAAUUUCUGGUAUAAAUUCCAACAAACAAACAAAUCCUGUCCCAUUCGAGAUUGUUUUUAUGAAGCUAAGACUUUUCUUAGAGACCAUCCAAACCUGUUAGUGAUGAGGUCUGAUAAGGGAAACUCAACAGUGGUCAUGUUAAAGAGUGAAUAUAGGGAAUAUAUGUAUAAUUUAUUGGCUGACAUUUUAGUAUACAAAAAGCUGAAAACAGAUCCAACCCUAAGGCUGGAAAGACGAGCUAAUCAACUAAUCAACGAAUUAAAAAUAGCAUUAAUAGUUGAUGAAAUUACUGCCCAACAUAUGAAACAACAUAAUUCAGUUCCUCCAAAAUUGUAUGGUCUAAGAAAAACACAUAAACAGGAGCUCUGUAUCAGGCCUAUAGUUAGUUGCUUGGGUGCACCUUCGUAUCACAUAUCACAAUUUGUUCACAAUAUCCUAUCUAUGGUGAAUUCGACAUCACCCUAUACAAUAAAAAACUCGUAUGAAUUUGUGUCAUUCAGUGAAACUAUUGUUCUUCCGAAAGGCUUCAUGCUGUACUCAUUAGAUGUGGUCUCGUUAUUCACCAACAUCCCUAGAGAUCUAGUGCUUUCACUAAUAAAAGAAAAAUGGCUUUUUAUUUCAGCAUACACAGACAUGCCAAAAAACUUGUUUAUAGAUAUAAUAGCUUAUAUAUAUGAUUCUAGCUAUUUCCAAUUUGAGGGUGAAUUUUACCAGCAAAUCGAUGGUUCUGCUAUGGGAAAUCCAGCUAGUCCGUCCUUGGCUAAUUUUAUUAUGACAUAUCUGAUUGAAAAGGUCCUACAAAAACUUAAAUUUAUCGUUGUUUUCAUCAAACUUUAUGUAGAUGACACAAUCACAGCCAUACCUUCGGAUAAAGCUGAUGAACUUUUAUCAGAAUUCAAUUCAUAUCAUCCACGUAUUAAAUUCACCAUAGAAAAAGAGAAAGAUGGAGAGCUACCUUUUUUAGACAUAAAGGUGGUUCGUGGUGAAGAUGGCAGUUUGCUUACAAAAUGGUAUGUAAAACCCACUAACUCUGGCCGGUUAGUCAAUUUUCAUUCAGAAACUUCUAGGUCUUAUAAAGUGGGCAGCAUUAAAAACCUUAUUUAUCGAUCAACACACCUCCAACAACAUUCGUGAAUAAAAUAAUAAAUGAAUAUAAUCCAUUAAACCCUAGAAUUAACGAAACCCUUAGCUCAGAAGAUCAAGUAAAAAGAUACUUCAAG